CUGGGUAAAUGUACCAUGCUAUACUACUGUGUGAAUACAGACUAUGGCAAGAUCUUAUUUGGAAAAGGCACCAGACUAACAGUUGAUUCAAAGAAAGUAGAACCACCAGCCUUUUACAAAUUCAAUGACUACUGUUUGGCAACCGACUUCACACAACAUAAUGCUGUAAAUGAAACUUUGAAAAAUGUUACACCAGUGCGAUAUUCAGGCAAAGACUACUACAGCAGCUUCAGCUUUAGUGGAUCAGAAAACUGCAGAGAAACAAACUGCAUGUCAGGAUCAUCCAGUCAAAAUGAUAAUUUUGAAACAGAUGAAAAAACCAACUACAUGUCACUGGGCCUCUAUUGGCUGAGAAUUCUCUUCCUGAAGACUGUUGUGUUCAACGUCCUGAUGACUUUCAAAGCAUGGAUGAGCUAACGUGUCAUGAAAAUCCUCGUCAUUUUCAAUCAGUUGGAUUAUCAAUGGCUUCACCGAAGACAAAACAUCUCAUUCGAGAGCCAUCGGAGCUGCACUGUUGUUGUUAUUAAAUGAUGAUCAAGGGAUUAUGAAAGUUAUGCUGUAGUACUUCUGGUUUUAAGAAUUAUUUACUAUAUACACAUUUGAAUGUCAUUCGCUUAUGCUUUUAUAAUAUUGGCUUAACUGUAGUUUAGGAUACAGUAGAAAUAUAUAACAGCAUGUAAUUAUUUCUAAUUUAGACAUAGGUCAUGUUUCAUUGCUCUGUAUUUUAAUGAUUUCUACGUUAUCUAUUUUUUUUUAUUAAUUUACUUUGAAGAUAGAUUACAUCUUAAGAAUUGUCUAUAUAGCUUGUUUUUUGCAACAUAUUUGCAUACACAAUUACGUUGACUUUUGCUUAUUUCUGACAAUGGCAGGUGUCAUUUUAGUAAUGACUAUGUAUUGUGCAAAAAUAUGAAAAAUAAAAUGCAUAAAUGAC